AUGAGCUCGUACUUUGUAAACUCGUUCUCGGGGCGCUAUCCAAAUGGAUCCGACUAUCAGCUGCUAAAUUAUGGGACUAACGGCGCCGUGAGCGGCUCCUUCAGAGACCCCGGCAACAUGCACCCCGGCUCUUUCGGCUACAACUACAAUGGCAUGGACCUGACGGUGAACCGGGCCAGCGCCGGGAACACCGGGGGAACCGGAACCGGCCACUUCGGGGCCGCGCGGGAGGACGCGCGUGGCUACCGGCAGAGCCCCGGCGGCUGCUCGCUCUCCUCCCCGGACUCGGUGCAUCCAAAUCCAAAUCCACAUCCUCACCCUCUUCCCGCCCCCCCACCGGUGCCGGUGUCCUCGUGCGCGUCGGUUGGCCGCGACCCGCUGGAGCUAAAGAGCCCGUCGCCCCCCCCCCAACACCCCGACCGGAGCUCCGGGCUCAAUAAGGCCAGCGCAAACGCGCUUUUCACCGAGAUUGAGGACCCGGUGGUGGCCGGGGCCACGGAGACCGAGGAGGGCGCGCGCGGCUCCGGUUCCGCGUCACGCGCUCAGCAGCAGCAGCAGCAGGAACCCCACGCGACCUCGUCCUCCACCCCCACGCCAAACGACUGCCAAACGCCGCAGAUUUUCCCCUGGAUGCGGAAGCUGCACAUAAGCCACGCCCGCGCGCCCUUAUAG